CCUAAAGAGCCAAGGUGUAAAGAUUGGGUCGGUCUUGAUCACAAUAAAGACCGACUCAAUACUAUGAUUAAGGUCUUCGUUCUUGGUCUUCGUUUAGCUCUUGCUCUUAUCUUCGUUCUUCGCCUUGUAUAUUCAAUGUUCGACUUGAUCACGGCAGUUUGGCAUUAUCAAAACCUGUUACAAAAACGAACACGGCUUUA